AUAGAAGGUCAGGUGUGUUGAAGGUGGAAGGCUAUCUUACUUCAAUUUUUAAAUUUUGUACAGCUCAAAAUUGAUUUAUUUAACACCGAAUUUAAUUUUACGUACUUGAGUAGAAGAAAAUGUGGAAAGUUCGGGAAAUUACAGACAAAGUUGCCAAUUUAGUGAUGAAUUAUACUGACACUGAAGUCAAAGUUCGGGAAGCGACCAACGAUGACCCUUGGGGACCAACUGGAAACCAAAUGCAAGAAAUUGCACAAAGUACUUUUUCAUACGAGCAGUUUCCAGAAGUUAUGGAAAUGUUGUGGAGGCGGAUUCUACAGGACAGGAAGAACUGGAGACGAACCUAUAAGUCUUUAUUACUGCUAACGUACUUGAUGAAGAAUGGAUCUGAACGUGUGGUCACAAGCACCAGGGAUCAUAUUUAUGAUUUGAGGAGUCUCGAAAGUUUUCACUGCGUAGAUGAAUGUGGAAAAGAUCAAGGAAUAAAUGGUACACUUACUGUUGAGAAACUUUCAACUUCUGUAAAAGUGUUACAGCAUGCAGGAAUAAGACAAUUCCAUUUAAUCUAA